UGACGGGGAGAAAAGUUCUUCCAAAAUAGCAGCCACUCGGCCCAGUGAUGGGGGACUUCGCCUCCCCCGCUGCCGGACCCAACGGCAGUAUCUGCAUCAACAACAGCAUGAACCCGGCCGCCGGGAGCGUGGUGCCCGCCGGGGCGGUGGGGAUACCUAAGCACAGCACGGUGGUGGAGAGGCUGAGGCAGCGGAUAGAGGGCUGCCGGAGACACCACGUAAACUGCGAGAACAGGUACCAGCAAGCCCACGCCGAGCAGCUGGAGAUAGAGCGGAGGGAGACGGUCAGCCUGUACCAGCGGAGUCUGGAGCAGAGGGCCAAGAAGUCGGCCGGCGGCAGCAGCAAGCAAACGCAGAGCAAGCAGCCGGACCCGGACUCUGCCUCCUCCACGGAACAGAGGAAUAACACGCUAAUAGCGCUCCAAGAGACCGUAAAGAGGAAACUGGACAGUGCACGAUCGCCCCUCAAUGGAGAACAGAACGGCAUCUGUGAUGGAGGCAGCUACUCACCGACUACCAAACGGGUACGGAAGGAGGGCUCCGGUGGCUUGGACUCACUAACAGGUCUCCCUAACAACAACAGUAACAACAAUGUACCACCCAUCUCUCCACUGCAUCACCAAAUGGACAUUAAGCCCAUACUUGGCGGGCCAAACACUUCUACUGGAAACAACACUACAAACAGCAAUGGCAACCACGUAGGCCAGGCAUCAGAUGAGCUGGGGAAAAACGGGGGCAGCCAUCUCUCGGACAUGAAGCUGAAUGGCUCCUUGGACCUGGAGGACAGCUUCAGCCUCCUCAAGGACCUGAAACAGGAGCCACUGGAUGACGGAGGUGGGAUGGAGUCCUCUGAUCCCCAGUCUCUGUCCAAUCAGAACAAACUGUUCUCAGACAUCAACCUCAAUGACCAAGAGUGGCAGGAGCUGAUCGAUGAGCUGGCCAACACUGUGCCAGAGGACGAUAUGCACGACCUCUUCAAUGAGGACUUUGAGGACAAGAAAGAGGCAGAGUUUGGCAGGCCGGCAAACAAUCAGACACCAGGCCCACAGGAAGCAGCUGGGAAUACGACAGCACCUGGAGCAGGGGUGGCGUCAGCAGCAGCCCUGCCUCCUCCUCCUCAGCCUCAACAGGGAGGGCCGCAGGUUCCCAUGGGAUCACCACAGGUCCGACCCUCAUCGUCAGGCCCUCAGUUUGCCACCACUGCCAAUGGAACGCCUCCUCAGCAACCUUUGCAGCAGUCUCCAGCCGUUGCCAUGGCAUCAGGUUCCCCAUUGCACAACUGCGUCGCUCGCUCCCCUCAGACUCCAACCCAGGCUCAGACACAAGCAGUCUCUAGGCCUGGGAAUGGGUACAUGAUGAACCCAGGCCCGGGGGUCAGUCAGGCGGGCACAGGACCCGGUGCGGCUGUAGUUGCCCCCGGAGGUCAGCCUGUAGGGCCAGUGACACCUGAACUUUCUCCAGCAGAGCAGCUAAAAGCAAUGGCUCAGCAACGUGCUAAACUGCUGCAGCAGAAGCAGCAGCAGCAACAAGCAGCUAACUGGUCCCCUGCAGGCCCUCCAACCAGUCCUUAUAACUCCGGUCCCUUUAACCAAGACAAACCCAACAGCCCCAUGAUGUACCCACCGCAAGCCUUUAACGCACCACAGGGCCCUCUGGUGGCUGGGAUGGCCCCAAACAAUGGGCCUAAAGCCCCCAUGAACAACUACCUCCCUCACAACCACAUGGGCAUGAUGGGCCAGCAACAGCCAAACAGCAUCAACCAGAACACUCUGUCCAAACAACAGCAGCAACAGCAGCAGCAAACGGCAGCCAUGUUGUCCUAUAACAACACCAAACCGCUGAGUCACUUCAGCGGCAGCGGCGUUGAUCACAUAGGCCAGAGGAUGACUCCACCCAUAGGAGGGAACAGUCAGGUUAAGAACCCCAUGAUGCCUCCCUACAUGGGUGGUGGGGGAGGCGGCGGCCAGGGCGCGGGGCCGGGGCAGACCCAGGGGCCAAUCCCAGGACAGACAGCCCACCUGAGCGAGGAGCAGAAGAGGAUGUUGCUGAUGAAGCAGAACAUGCCCUACAGCGCCAUGCAGCCUCAUGGACAGGAACAAGGUGUGGUGGGAAUGGCUCGGCCACCAGGCGCCAUCCCGCCUCCUCACCCUGCUGGGGGCGUGGCCUCAGGGGUGGGGCCCAACCAGGGGUCAGGUCCACCUCCGGGCUACGUGGGCAACCAGCAGCAGGCAGCCAUGAUGAAACAGAUGAUGGUGAUGGAGCAGGAGAAAAGGGUGCAGAUGCACAUGAUGGAGCAGCAGAAGCAGCAGCUCUUCAGAGAGCAGAGACAACAACAGCAGCAGCAACUACUGGCUGAACAGCUCCAACAGCAGCAGCAUCUCCCCAGACAGAUGGGCCAGGGCCAGAGGAAUCCAUACCCUCAAGUCAGUCAGUACCAAGGUCCUCCCCAGGAUCUGGCAUCCAGGAGCCAGGCUCUCCAGAACAUUCGGGCCGCCCGUCUCCUACAACAGCAGCAGCAGAACCAGCAGCAGAUGGUCCAGAUGAGUUCUGUUCAGGGCCAGGGAGGCUCCGUGGGACCCCAAACUGACAUGGGUUUACCCUACGGCAACCAAGGGUCCAGCCAGGGUUCCCUGUAUGGGAUCAACCCCUCCAUGAGCCAAAUGAUCCACCAGCAGCAGCAGCAGCACCAGAGCCAAAGUGUCCAGGCCUCUUUGGGUCUUCCACCACAGCACAACCCCGCUGGAGGGCCAACCCGGCAGGCAGGUGCAGGUCCUGGGGUCGGAGGUAUGCCCGGAGGCCCUGGAGGUGGUGGAGCUGGAGGGUAUGGAGGACAGGGGAUGUUAAUGAACUCCAUGGCCCAGCAGCCCCUCAAAGGCCCUCCCAAAGCCCAAGCACAGAGACUGCAAAGCAUGCUGGGAGCAGGAGGAGGAGGAGGCGGGGGAAUGGCGGGGGGCGGCUGGCCACAGCAGCAAGGACAGAGUCUGCAGGCCAUGGGUGGAGGAGUUGGAAGGACUACAGGAGGAGGGGGAGGAGACAUGGUGGGGUUCAGCUCCGCCCAGGGUUAUGGGAUGCAGCCGGGUCAACCCCCACGCAUGGCUAAGCAACACUUUCAGGGCCCGGGCCAGGGGAUGAACCAGGGGAUGGACCCCAGGGUGGUCAACCCAGCGGCCAGUAUGGGAGGCCCAAUGAUGGCCCCUCAUAUGGGCGGUCAGCCCAGGACCAACCAGCCCCGGCCCAUGGUCAUGAACCAGGGGAUGAACCAAGGGGUGAUGGGCCAGGGGAUGUCUGGGAUGGGAGGGUUCGGGCCGGGCCCCGGGGGGCCUGGAAUAGGGGCAGGGGGAGGAGGAGGUGGACCCUACGGACCAGGGGGAGUCGGGGUUGGAGGUCAGCCACCGGGCUACCAGAGGACAGCCAAUCAGGACAUGUCAUCCUAUGGAUAUGGGGGCGGGCCCUCAGGGGGUGGAGCCUUUGGAUUGGGCGAUGGCUCGGGGGCGGAGCUGGACUCAAAUGAUGGUUGGAUGGAUGAGUUUUUCCCGAGCCAAUAGCCAACGGGGAAACUGGAGAAGAGUUUUUACUGGAUGAACUAAACGUUGCAGUCGGACAAAUGUUAAAACCUGAGAAAGUAAAACAAAAAGGAUGACAUGAUGUGGACUGGCAUGUUUUUGUUUUGUAAAACAUGAGCAAGGUUAUAAAUGAGUUCUUGUGUUAUGUUUUGUGUGUGUGUGUGUGUGUGUGUGUGUGUGUGUGUGUGAGAUGGAGAGAGCGAUUAUGUCUCGUGCAUAUUAAUGAAAAACCAAUAUAGAGAUUAAGAGGUGUGUUUCA